CACAGAUGACACUAAGCUUUCUUGCUAUCAAGCAGAUUUCCAAAACAUGAUAAAGGGUAAAUGCCAGCACUAUAGACCUUAGAACUUCUGUCUGCUGUCCAAGUGACAGUGUCCAAGUGAAUUCUCUCUUCACCUGUACUUAGGAAGAGAAGACCAGCCUGGAAAGACAUGCUUCCAGAAGUCCUGAAUCCAAUGCAGUACAACAUCACAGAGGUUAUGUCCAGUGUGGCCCCAGCAACAGCCGCCUCUCUGGUGGCGUUUAUCUUUUUGCUUAUACUUAUUUGGAAUUACAAGGAGACAUCUUCAAUUCCAGGUCCUUCCUAUUACCUGGGACUUGGGCCACUGAUUUCCUAUGGAAGAUUUCUGUUGACAGGAAUUGGGACAGCAUCAAACUAUUACAAUAAAAUGUAUGGAGAAUUUGUAAGAGUGUGGAUAAAUGGCGAAGAAACGCUGAUUAUCAGCAGAUCUUCAGCGACAUGCCACGUGAUGAAGCAUGAUCAUUAUGUGUCACGGUUUGGCAGUAAAUUGGGAUUACAAUGUAUUGGAAUGAAUGAAAAUGGGUUAAUUUUCAACAGUAACCCGACUCUAUGGAAAGUCAUAAGGCCUUUCUUUAACAAAGCUUUGUCUGGACCUGGACUGCUACAGGCCACGGAGCAGUGCAUUAACUCAACCAAACGUUUCCUGGCAAAGCUGUGUGACGUCACUGAUGAUCUGGGCAAAGUCAAUGUUCUGAAACUAAUGAGAUUGAUUAUGCUAGACACCUCCAACAACCUGUUCCUUCGAGUUCCAUUAGACGAGAAUGACAUUGUUGUAAAGAUUCAGAAAUACUUUGACGCAUGGGAGGCUCUUCUGCUGAAACCAGACAUAUUCUUUAAAAUCUCCUGGCUCUACAAGAAGUAUGAAAAAUCAGCCAAUGAUUUGAAAGAGGCUGUUGAAAUUCUCAUUGAGCAAAAGCGACGAGAGCUUUCCACUUCAGACAAGCUGGAUGAGAAUAUCGAUUUUGCAACAGACCUUAUUUUUGCACAGAACCAUGGAGAUCUUACUGCAGAAAAUGUGAAUCAGAGCAUUUUGGAGAUGCUGAUUGCUGCUCCUGACACCACGUCUAUCUCCCUGUAUUUUAUGCUAAUCCUGAUCGCUCAACAUCCAAAAGCUGAAGAGAUGAUAAUGAAUGAGAUCGAAACUGUAGUUGGUGAUCGAGAAGUACAGAGUAGCGACUUGCAAAAUCUUAACGUUGUUGAGAAUUUCAUCUGUGAGAGCAUGAGGUACCAGCCCGUGGUAGACCUGGUCAUGCGCAAAGCUCUGGAAGAUGAUAUCAUAGAUGGGUAUUAUGUUAAAAAAGGCACCAACAUCAUCUUAAAUCUUGGACGUAUGCAUAAAGUUGAAUUUUUUCCAAAGCCAAAUGAAUUCAGCCUUGAGAAUUUUGAGAAAACGGUCCCAUAUCGCCACUUCCAGCCUUUUGGAUUUGGUCCCCGAGCAUGUGUAGGAAAAUACCUUGCUAUGGUGAUGAUGAAAGUGAUCCUGGUGACUCUGCUGAAGAGAUACAAGGUGCAGAACCUGCAAGGACGGUCCUUGGAGAACAUUCACAACAGCAACAAUUUGUCCAUACAACCUGAUGAAACCCAGUCCUCAUUAGAGAUGAUCUUCAUUCCUCGCUGCACAGAUCAGCUCACAAACUAGCACACAACAUAUUCACUUAUGCCAAGUAUUAAAGUCUGAAAUGUCAUUUAUCUAGUCACUGUGUUGGUCUGUGUUAAAUCUUGAGCCAACUCUUGCUAUUGUAUGAGAGCUGUAAUUCCAGUCUGACAUGCAGUUACGGUAUCUAUUUUAUGUAUAAUUAACAAUAUUAUUAUGAAUAAUAAAAUAUUUCUGUUUG